CGUCGUGUCUUGCAGUACGCAGCAGCGGCGUGGAGACCCAGCCAAAGCGCAUUACAAGCUAUUUUACGUCGGAGUGAGGUGGAUCCUGACAACGAGCAGUGCAUAAUCGCUGUCCUGCAGCAUUCUGACGUAAAUACAUAACAAAUCAAAAAAGAAACAUCACAAUCUAAACGUUAGAUUAUUCAAUGUAGUAUCGUCUCCCGUUUCGGACGCCCAUGGUAUUAACGACUUCACAAUGAUGCAGCGAGCAGUGAGUAUGCGCUCCUGAAGACCGCCGUGGGUGAAGAGGAGCUGCAUCGAACAGUUUCUCAGCCUCUACAGUAGUAGCACACGCCGCGGAUUAUGUGUUUUUACUCCCUGUCGUCCUCCAUCCUCUCUCGGUUAAAGUCGUCGAAAUUGACCGAAAGGACCAUGAGAGAUUAAAAACAUUGAUUUCAUCCUACAGCAGCACAAAGAGCCAGGAGAAUCAAGAUGAAAUUUCCGAUUGAGAAUCCAAGGAAACCAGGGAACAUGAACCCUCCACCAGUGAAAGUCCAGACAAACCGGGUCCCCCCUAAGAAGGUGCAGCCAGGCAUGCUUCAGUCCAGCCUGGUGCACGCCAGCGUGGCGACCAUGCAGAACCCAAUGGGCUGCUCUCUGCCGCGGCUCUCUGUCUCCUCCCGCCCCCCCAGCAUGGUGGUCAGCAUGGAGGCGCUGGCUGACGGCACAGCUCCCUUCACCAUGAUGAAGCUGAAGACGGUGCUAGCAGUGUUUGUGGUGGUGGUAGCCUACCUGGUGGCAGGGGGCUUGGUGUUCCAGGCGCUGGAGCAGCCCUUUGAAAACAACCAGAAGAUCACCAUCACAGCAGAGAAGGCUGCCUUCCUGCAGAGACACCCAUGUGUGUCCCCAGAUGAGCUGGAGGCUCUCAUCAAGCACUCUGUGGAGGCUGCGAAUGCUGGAGUGAAUCCCAUCGGUGACACGUCCUAUAAUUCCAGCCACUGGGAUCUGGGCAGUGCCUUCUUCUUUGCUGGGACUGUUAUCACAACAAUAGGAUAUGGUAACAUUGCCCCGAGCACCGAGGGAGGGAAAAUAUUCUGCAUUCUUUAUGCAAUAUUUGGAAUCCCACUGUUUGGAUUCCUCCUGGCAGGGGUUGGAGACCAGCUUGGUACCAUAUUUGUCAAAAGUAUCGCCAAGGUGGAGAAGAUGUUCCGGGUGAGUCAAAACAAUAAACACAACCAGAUCAGUCAGACUAAAAUCCGUGUGGCCUCCACCCUUCUCUUCAUCCUGGCUGGCUGCAUCUUGUUCGUCACCAUCCCAGCUGUGAUCUUCCAACACAUUGAGGGCUGGACGGCUCUGGAGUCAACAUAUUUUGUUGUCAUCACACUGACAACAGUUGGAAUAGGUGACUAUGUCGCAGGGGGAGACAGAAGGAUCCAGUACCGGAAGUGGUACAGACCACUGGUGUGGUUCUGGAUCCUGGGUGGUCUGGCCUACUUUGCUGCAGUACUGAACAUGAUUGGUGACUGGCUGAGGGUGCUGUCCAAAAAGACAAAAGAAGAGGUUGGUGAGAUCAAGGCUCAUGCAGCAGAAUGGAAAGCAAACGUGCGAGCAGAGUUCCGGGAGACGCGUCGACGUAUGAGUGUCGAGGUCCACGACAAACUGCAGCGAGCCGCCACCAUCCGGAGCAUGGAAAGACGGCAGCUGGGCUUGGACCAGCGUGCUGUGUCCCUGGAUAUGCUUUCACCAGAGCGCCGCGCCAUCUUCAACAGCCUGGACACCAACAGCUACAAGACUUCGUCCCAGGAGAGCAUCGACUCCAAGCUGAACAACCUUCGGUUGCGAGGGGCUGAGCAGGGCGACCAGAGCUCAAACCACCAGACCACGUCUGAGGACAACAUUUUCAACCGCCUGGGCUCCGUCACCAAGCUGGCCAAGCGCAACCGGAAUCGGGACCUGAAGAAGAACAUCCCAGAUGAGGCUCGCCGGCCUCACAGCGAGGCCUACGGCUGCAGUAUGCCUACCUUUGACUGCAGCACACCAACUACAGAUGAAGGGAAAAGGAAGGAUGAAGUAGAGGAUGAAAAUGAAGACAAGGAGUGCAACACUAGCUUGUCUUAUUUUCCACUGUUUGUUGAUGCUUGUAAGCCACAUAAUGGUUUUAUUCUGGAGCAGACCAAGGAGAAUGAGAGUGAGAAAACACUUGAAACAGAGCUGCAUAUUCAAAAGGACCCAUAGACAGUGUGUACUCCUACAAAAGUUUGUUUUAAAUACCACAAUUAGUGCCUUAGGUCUCUCUUAUUCCUGUUUGUGCUCAAGCAGGAACAACAUGUGUCCCUUCGUGCUUUAUACUGUAAUGUCUACAUAUUAACAGUGCCCUGUGGAUGUGAUGGACACACUUUGUGUUGUAUGAAUGCAAGACCUAGUAGAGUUUCGAUUGAGCUAUGCUGUAAUGAUGGUCACAUUUUAAAAAUAGUUGUCAGCUAAUAGGUGUUUAAAGCAUAACCACAUGUGUCUUAGUAUCGCAAAUGUGGCCAUUAUUUCUCUCAGUUAUGAUAACAUUGUACUCAACUAACGUACUUGUUGAGAGCCGGAGGCCUAAUCUCCAUGAGUGACGGGGAACGCAAUUUAUUUUCCUCACUAUUUAUUUGCUCAAUAUACAAUGUUCCCGACUCUAAAACUUAUUGGAGGAGUUGCGCUCACUGAAUUCCUUCUCCCUCAUGUUUGAGUGUACAUGUAAACCAGCAACAAUUAAUACAACUACACGUUGCUCACAAGCGCUGGUCAAAGUGUUGGGUCCCUUCUGCAUCAUGUGCACAUUGCAUGCAGAUAACACACAAGGAAGACACCGUCUGUGUUAAAGUACAAAAUGUACUUUUUGUACUCGCAUAGCCAUAAAGGGUCACGUGUGACUGUACAUGCUGUCUGAACACAUCCAUCUAUGCAGACAAACAAUGUGGUAUCAAAAGAACUGCAUGCUUGUCCAUUGUCUGUGUUCACAUCCAAUUUGCAGUAUAUCCCAUAACGCACAUAAUAAUGUAUUAGGCUGGUGGAUGAUCUGGUUUUCUCACACUCAGUUACUAAGAUUUCCAAACAGAUUGCUGAUUUGUCACGAGACCCUGUCAGUGUUAACCAACUAGGUAAUCAAAGUGUUGGUAGAAACGCAGACCUACUGGUGGAUAGCACUUUUGAAAACUUGUGUGUGCACUGUCCUUGUCCUUGUGUGUGCACUGUCCUUGUCCUUGUGUGUGCACUGUCCUACUCACUGUUUUUGGUGCUCAUACCUUAUUGCUUUGCGUCCGGAGUGUAUUUUGUGUUUUACUGCACAUCCAACAUGGAGCCACUGGUUAUCCUCUCUGUACAAGCAGACCACUUGUUAAUGAGGUAGUACUGACAAUACAGAGAGAGAAAUACUGUUGAAUAGCUUUUUGGAAAUUUCAGCUAGUAAGGACAUUGGAAGCAAAUAAGAGCCUAAGUUAAUGCAGAGGUUGUCCCUUCCAAAUGGUGACAGGCUAUUUAUAUAAGUAACAAAGCUCACCUGCUGAAGACUUCGCCCUUGUUGUGAUCUAGGAUAAGUUUUGUGUCUUACUUAGUUGUAGGGAUGUUGUCGUUGUUUCAGCAAUUAAGUGAGUGAGUGAAUUAUCAUCACUGAUAAAAAUGAUGGCCAAAACUGUUAGCUGUGGCUGUUAGUCACAUCCAAGAUGUGUUCACCGUACAAGCUGUCAGCCAGGAAAGAUUCUCACUGGUGUGAGAUUUGGGCCUAGAUAGAAGCAGACAAUGCAAAAUUCUGAAAUUAGAAAUGCACACCAUUCUCAAAAUGUAAUCUUCAUGUUUAAGCAUAAAGACGUGGAAUGCAAUGUAGAAAUAACAAAGUUGGAUGUGACAAAAAUUCAUGAUUGGAAGUAUUUUAACCACAGAAAUAAAAUAGGAGUAGAAUGGACAUUCCCAUUCAAAUCAACGUAGCAGGAUGGCCAGAGUGGUCGCCAUGUGUACCGUUGCAAGUCACAGACUCGCUGACGUGAGGUUUUGCCGAAACGACUAAAAUGAGCAGUGCAGUAGUAAUAUUACUUGAAGCACAGAGAACCAGAGGAUAUCAUUCAAAUUCAACAACUUAAUACUUCAUCCACAAACUCUUGUCAAAGCUAGGAAAGCACAUUGCUGUCGCCAGAUGAGAUGACAACUUUGUUCGGCUUAAUUUCUGUAACCGGUGUAGCAUUUUAGUAUGUAAUGAGAUAGUUGGUUAACUAGCGGACAGCUUAGUUAGUUAACUUGCUAAUUCUGCUAUGUUACUGGUUACAGAAAAUAAGGACAGGACAAGCUACCUAGCUGACUAGCCAGCCAUCUGUCUCCCCAGGGCUGCGUACGCUCUCUUUCAGGUGAGCUGCGACAACAUUACAGCCCAACUCAUACAGUAUGUUGUCACCAUACCAACUAACAACAAUUAACAUUGACAUUGACAGUGUCUUGCUCGAGAAUCAAACUGCCGAUUUUCUGAUUGAAGGACGACCCUGCUCUCCACUUAGCCACAGUCGCCCCCCUAGUCAAAUGACCACGGAAAACUGAUCAAUAUCCAUUCUACUUCAAUUCUAUUUCUAUCAUUUAAACUGAUGUCUGACCUCCAAGUCGGUGCUAUGACUCCAUAUAUAGCUGAAAUCAGAACAUAAGUAAGACACAAAAAUAAAUCACCCUACAGUCAAAGAGUAGAACAGGAACAACAAAAGCUUGACUUAAAUGUAACAUCCACUGUGCGUUUGUUGUCAUGCUAUUUUUCAUGUUUCCUAUUUAAAUGUGAAUGAAAACUAUUCAAAACAUGACAGAUGUUGUGCAUGGUCCAUAAACUAAGUUGUUGUCUUAGUACAAUGUCCAUGAAUGCUACCUAUAUCAUGACCUCUUUGAACAC